CCGAUUCGUUCAAGGGUAGGGUAAUCAUUGCGUUAUGGAUGGAGUGGUUUACCUUUGAGUAUAGCAUAUGUUUCAAUGUGUAUUUGAAGUCUUAAUAUGUGUAAGAGUUUCUAUUAACACCAUCUCUAUCAUCUUCCCACCGUUUUCAAGACACGAAGUGCGAUCUAUAUAACUGGUUUUUAUGGAAGUCAGUGUUAUUGAGCUCAUCGCACACCUUUUCACGCCCCGAGACAUCGAAAGAACAGCAAAAAAAAUUUCACGGUGCAUAUGAGAAGAGACAUAUAUAAAUUGUAUUGGAAUGAUAGGUAUCGCUUAACAUGAGUCAGUCAUUAAAUAACUUAUUGAGAUCUAUAGUAGCUUCUGCAAAUGCUACUAAUGAUGCUCUGAAAGAUCUCAGCUCAAUCUCGAAAGCGCCAGAACUUCCUGACCUUGUUAAUGACCUAUUGCAACGUACAGGCCAGUCUCUACCUGAAGGUGUAUCACUGCUGGAUUUGAAGAAUAAUGCCAUGCUGUCAUACAUCAACGACAUUGUAUUGAUAAUACUUGCAAGAAUUGAAGCGACAAAGACGAACGAUGUCAGUAAAAUCGAUGAGUUGAAGGAUAAGGCUGUGAGAGGAUCAAUAGUGCAAAGGGUGACCAUGGAAAGAGGUAUCAAAGGUUUAGAGAAAAAACUGCAAUACCAGUUAGAUAAGAUGGUUAGAAGUUACAAUAAAAUGGAACAGGAGUUCACUGAAGAUGCCAUCAAUAAGAAAAUCAAAGGCGAUAAAGAGGCAAUGGAUGGAGAGGAAAGUGAGCAAGACGAAGAUGAGGACAGUGAAGAGGAUGAGCUCAACUAUAAACCUGAUCCGAGUGCUCUUUUGGCUUCCACAAAGGCUGACAAGAAGAAUGCCGUUCAACGUUCUACGACUGCUGAAGGCAAAGCUGAGAAGUACAAACCACCAAAGAUCGCAGCAGCUUUGCCACCACAAGAGUUUCGUGAGUCUCAUACAAAGAGCUCCAAGAACUCUAGCAAACUUCAAUCUAUGGAGGAAUAUCUCAUGGAAACAGGAGAAGCACCUAUGGUUGAGGCUUCUAUUGGUUCCACGAUUGUUGAUCAUGGUAGAGGUGGUGUUAAGACUUUGAGAGACCGUCAAAAGGAAGAGGAGAUCAAGAGAUUCGAGGAGUCGAACUUCACAAGAUUAUCAACCACCAAGAGUAAAAAGGAUAAACAAAUGCAGAAGAGAAGACAAGCUGAUACAUUCUUCGGUGAAGACUGGGGUAUUUUCAACAACAAGAGAGACGAUGUGGAAACCUCCACGAAGAGAUCAAAACCAAAGUCGGCCUGGGACAGGGCAAAGAAGAGAAGAACUCAUUAGAACAGACUAUGUAUCUAUAAAAAUAAGUUUAUACAAAGGUAC